AAGAAGAAGAAGCAGAAGCAGAAGAAGAAGAAGAAGAAGAAGAAGUAGAAAAGAAAAACGGAGUAAGAAGAGCGACAGAAAGUGAGGACAACUUUCUCAACAACAGCACCGAGGACGAGGAGUAACUUCUGAAGAUGUCAAACGUGUCGCUUUUGCAGACGGAUCACUUGGGAGCGCGAGGAAAGUGAUUUUUUUUUUUCUGAAGGAGAAAACAGGAGGGAGGACGCGUGUUUUUUUUUUUUUUUUUUUUUCUCCGCCGUAUGAGACGUCAGAAAUCAGCCUGGGUUAACAAAGCAAGCGCCUCAGAGCUGGAGCUGGUGAUUUUAAUGUGCCCGGGUCUUAGUGGAGGGCAGUGAAGGAUGCCAGGAUGCCCUCUCUGAUCCCCCAUCUGCUUGUCAUCUGGCUCAGCGUCCACAGGCUGGCGUGGUGCACGGAGCGCUCCUCCACACGGGAGCGCUUCAAGGUGGUCAUCGCUCCUCUCAUCUGCAAGCGGAUCUGCCUGAAGGGCCAUUGUCAGGAUACGUGCGAGCAGGGCAACAACACCACGCUGAUCGCCGAGAACGGCCAGGGCGCCGACACGCUGAUCGGACAGGGCUUCAGGGUCGUUGUGUGUCCCCUGACGUGCCUGAAUGGAGGAGUAUGCAGCUCGAGGAAGCACUGCCUGUGCCCUCCUGGGUUCACUGGACGGCUCUGCCAGCUUCCGCUCCCGCAGACGCAACAAGCUCAGGCAGCGCGGGGGAACGAGUCGCCCAUCUACCCCAUCGCUUUGAAACGAGACGGCUUGAAACUAGGGGAGCAGUCAAGCAUAGGGCUCACGCAGACGCACUCAGUCUUCACCCUGCCCUUCUCGCCGGAUGUGCAGGUUAAAUUCCGUGUUCACCACACAGCGGACACCUCUGUAGUCAUUCAACCGCUGGACCCAUCGGAUGUCAAGCCCCCCCUCAAGACAGGGCCACGCCCGAUCCCCACGGGGCACAAACCAAAGGGCCGCUGCUUCCAGGAGACCACGCAAAAGCAAGCUUGCAACAGCACCCCGCUGCCUGUUCUGACCAAUCAGGAGGACUGCUGCGGUAGUGUGGGGAAUUCAUGGGGACAAAAUAAGUGUUAUCAGUGCCCAAAACUCCCAAAUGCAUCCGUCAAGCACACCAUUGUGGAAGAUUACGGCUCUACAUGUCCACAAGGCUACAAAAGAUUCAACAGCACUCACUGCCAAGAUAUCAACGAGUGCUCCAUGCAGGGUGUGUGUCAGAACGGAGACUGUCUGAACACGCUGGGCAGCUUCAAAUGUUCCUGCAAGGCCGGCUUUGUGCUGGACAGGAAUCGAUGUGUUGCCUCCUUGACUCCUCUGUCAGAGUCUCCAGCCGAGCAGGCUCAGUGCUUCCUGAUGGCGUCGGACACCAGGGGCUGCGAACACCCUCUGCCCACUUACGUCACACAGGAGAUGUGCUGCUGCACUGUGGGCAAAGCCUGGGGCCGCAGCUGUGAACGAUGUCCUCAGGUGGGCACAGUGGCCUUCAGUAAGAUCUGCCCAGCAGGGAAAGGCUACUUCCUUCAAAACAUAAGAGAGACCGUGGCCUUCCCUCCCAUCAAUUUCCCCCGCAAGCCUGAAAAGAAGGAACCAAAGCGGCCGGAAAGGCGUCCAGAGGUGACGACCGCUCCUCCGCUGGCUCCCACCAGCACCAACAGUCCUCGUGUGCCGGUUGUUAAACCCACCCCUCCAACAAUCAUCAGAAUGACCCCAGAAAAUCACCCCUUCGAAACACAGACUAAAGUCUUCCCAGCGACAGAUGAAUGCAAGCAAAGCAGGAACAUCUGUGGUCAUGGAGAGUGUGAGAACAGCCUGAACGGCCACAUCUGUCACUGUCACCCCGGCUACCGUCUCAACCCGCAGAGGAACAUCUGUGAGGAUAAUAAUGAAUGUGAGUCAGAGCCAUGCGGUCACGGCAGAGGACAUUGCAUCAACACAGAUGGAGGUUACAAAUGCCACUGUCGUCAGGGCUAUAAACACAUGGUGCAGCAUGGCAGACUCAAGUGCGUAGAUGUGAACGAGUGCUCUAAGCCGGACAUCUGCGGUCUCGGAGGCCAGUGUUUGAACCUCCCCGGGUCUUAUAAAUGUGAAUGUCACAGCGGCUUUAAGAGCAAGUCACACCGUCACCCAGCCUGUGAAGACAUAAAUGAGUGUUUGAAUCCCGAAACCUGUCCCAAUGAGCAGUGCGAGAACACACCCGGCUCAUACGAGUGCGUUCCUUGUCUGCCUGGUCACGAAGCUCAUUCUGGCAUCUGCUAUGACAUUAAUGAGUGUCACAAGCCCGGCAUCUGUCCUAACGGCCGCUGUGAGAACCUCUCUGGUACUUACCGCUGCCUGUGUAACGAGGGCUUCCUCCCAAACUCAGACAGCAAAGGCUGCAGCGACAUUGACGAGUGUGAGGACCACAGACUGUGUGCUUACGGUCACUGCCUCAAUACAGAGGGCUCCUUCCAGUGUCAGUGCUACCCAGGAUACCAGCGCACACAGGAAGGCAGCCACUGUGAAGAUAUAAAUGAGUGCGAGAGGCCAUCAAACUGUCAGCGCGGCCGCUGUAUCAACAGCAUGGGCUCAUACCACUGCGAGUGCCAGAAAGGCUACACGUUAGUCGGAGGCCGGAGGUGCCAAGACAUAGACGAGUGUGCCACAGACAGAAGUCUCUGCCAGCCCUACGGAUCUUGUGAGAACAGACCGGGCUCUUACUUGUGUGUCUGCAAUCACGGUUAUGUCCUCUCGGAGGACAAACACAGCUGCGAGGCGGUUCAUGUGCAGAUUGAUGAGAAGAAGGAGUGCUACCUGAACCUGGACGACACCGUGUUCUGUGACAGCGUCCUCGCCACCAACGUCACCAAGCAGGAGUGCUGCUGCUCCAUCGGAGUGGGAUGGGGAGAUCACUGUGAGAUCUACCCCUGUCCUGUCUCCCACUCAGCCGAGUUCCACUACCUGUGUCCAAACGGUCAAGGUCUCUACUACGAUGAAGGACUCAUGUACAGCCUGCCUGCCUACCAUGAUAUCGAUGAGUGUGCUUUGUUUGCUGAUGAAAUCUGCAAGAAGGGUCGCUGUGAGAACACGCUGCCGGGCUAUGAGUGCUACUGUCAACAAGGCUUCUACUAUGACAACAACCUUCUCGAGUGCAUUGACGUAAACGAAUGCCACGAUGAGUCCAUGUGUACCAACGGUCAGUGCGUGAACACCGAAGGCUCCUUCUACUGCAACUGUAACCGCCCCUGGUCUCCAGACACCAACAAGAAGAAGUGUGUGAUGACAACAAUAGCAGAUGUGAACGAGUGUGAGGACCCUGAAAACUGUAAGAACGGCCACUGUGUGGACACUCCAGGGUCGUACUACUGCAUCUGCUCUCUGCCUUGGACCCUGGCUACUGAUCGCAACAGCUGUGUGACUCCUGAGGAGCAGGCUGAUGUGAAUGAGUGCCAGGACCCCUCGUACUGUAAGAAUGGGAGGUGUGAGAACACGCCCGGCUCCUUUCACUGUUUUUGUGACCCUCCCCUCACCUUCAGUGCAGCGCUGAAACAGUGCGUCUAUGACGAUCGCACCGCAGCCCACAAAGACGUGUGCUUCCUGCAGGUCGACGAAGGUCUGAUCUGCAGCGAGCCCAGGAACGGCAUCGUGGUGACCUACUCAGAGUGCUGCUGUCACUACGGUCGAGGCUGGGGACCUGAGUGUAACACGUGUCCGCCCAGAAACUCAGAGAUGUUCAGUCGUCUGUGUGAGAUGCAUCUGGAGACUGAGUCUGAUGGGGAGCAGGAUUUCCUUGCAGCUUUUGCCAACUACAACCCAGGCGACAGUUCAGAGGAGGAUUCAGACGAAUGCAGCUGUGCCAACGGUCGCUGCGUCCGCUCCUACCUUGGCACCAUGUGUGAAUGUAACACAGGCUUCAGAUUGGACCACUCCCGCACCCGCUGUAUAGACAUUGACGAGUGUGCAGAACCCGGAGCUCGGGUGAGUCCGUGUAAGAACGCUCGCUGUGUGAACACCGCCGGAUCGUACAAGUGCUUCUGCAAACACGGCUUUGUGGCCACACGCAGGCCGAACAUAUGUGUCCGUCGUAGGACCCGGUAACCUCUGUGUGUCUUUCAGUCUAUCCCUCUCCACAGUACAAGACAGACUCAAACACGCCUGUACAUGCAGUUCUUGUUCAUAGUACGAACAGGAGACUGUGUGUAUGAACUCCUAAAAAAAAAAGGAGUUCUAAUCAGCAGCCAAAUCAUAGCACGGGCUGAUAUAAAAUGUACAAAACAUAUCACCGUCAGCUCCUCUUUCGCUCGCCAUUUUACGAUGACAGAAAUAACCAUUACAGUUCAGAUGUUUGUUAAACAUUUUUGUAAUUAUUGUUGUUUUUUUAAACCGUUUUUGUUAACUUUAAAUUGUGCUUCUUUGUGUUAUUAUUUGUUUUAUUUGAUCUCCCUGUUGCAUCGAUGUUUUAUUUUGAAAUGGAAUUUCAGAUCCAAAGAUCUGCCUGGUAUUCUGGAUGUCUUCUUCAGCCCAUUCAACAUUUUGCAUAACGCCGUGAGAAGUCGGUAUUCCCCUUUACAUUCCCCUCUCUUCCAUGUUUGCUCUUUAACCGACGUCAUCUGAAGCAUAUUUUCUUACAACACAAUGUUCUUCUGUUGUUAUUGUACAGUUUGUUCGACGGAUCCUCGGCUUCUGUAAGAAUGGUCCUUGUACUAUCCCUGUUUAUUUGUUGAUGUAAAGAAAAUGACAAACCUGAAGUUUUUGUAUAAUUUGACAUGUGCGACUAAGUGGACUGUAAGCUAGAAAAAGAAGUCAUGCACUUAACAAAGAGAAUGGCAGAAAUAGUUGCUCAAUUUAGCCUUUUCUGGAAAAAAAAAACCCAACAAAGUUUGACAUCUGUUGUCAUGAAUGCUGCAUCAAGUAUGUUGAAAAAACCAAAGAUGUUUUGAACAAGAAGAAUUUUAAUUAAAAAAAUGAUGUUAACCACG